AUAAUGAAGAAGAAACUUAUGAGAAAAAUGAUGAAUAUAUUAUAAAUAAUAAGAAUGCAGGUUGUGAUCAAGAAAAUGAAAAAAAAGGACGCGAAGUUGAUCCUAUAGCCAAAUUAUUCAAAUUGAUACAAAUAAAUGCAAAGCACACAUAUAGAUCAGAAAUUAAAAAAUCAUAUUUCAAAGCUGAAAUUUUCUUACAGAUUUGUUGUAUUUGUAAUACAUCAGAAGAUAUAGUUCAAAUAGAUGACCAAUUGCCAUAUUGUCAAGAAUGUCAUUCAUUACCUGGAGAAAAAAGACUAAUGGAUCAGCAGAUCUGA